GAGAGGGAGAGGGGGUUUCCACACUGCUGUCCUGGGACAGACACGAACACGGCUCAGGAGGCUGUUUCGAGUUUCACCCCGUGGGCGGCUUUCCCUGGUCCGGGACCUCCUCACGUCACCGCUGCCUGUGAGAGGCUCAGUGUAUAUACAGCGGGAGGCGCCGCGACUGCCACAAGCGGCACCGGGACAGGACAGAGCGGGGCACCCACAGGAAGACAGACAGACAGACAGGGACACAGAGACAGACAGGGACACAGAGACAGACAGAGACGCAGACAGAGGUUUUCCUGCACAAGUAGCCAUGGUCGCUGGUGCUAACGCCGCCGAGGCGGCGCGGAUGGAGGAGGGACAGAGGGAGACACUGGGAUCUCCCACCAGGAGCGGAUCCUCUCGUCUGGCGCUGAGCUGCUCUGCGCUGUCGCUGCUUCUCGUGUCACUUGUCAGCACUUACCUACUCCUCCACCACACAGCGCCGAGUCAGGAGGAACGACAGAUUUCACCUAAUAAAAUUAUUGGAGAAGCUAAGGAUAAGCCCAGAGCCCACCUGACUGUUAAAACAGUGGAGUCCAACGACAUGACAGAUGGCGAUUACCCAGCCCUGGGGUGGGAGGAUCGCCACGGACUCGCUUUCACCAAGGGAGACCUCAGUUACCAGAACAAGUUUCUGCUCAUCCCCCAAACCGGGUUCUAUUUUGUCUACUCGCAGGUCUUGUUCAGAGGGCUGGAGAACCAGAGAUGUGAGAAGAUUAUCCACAUCGUCACCAAGCUGACACCCAGUUACCCUGAGCCCAUGAAGCUGCUGAGCUCGACCCAAACCAUCUCAGAAAAGUCUGACUAUAAAUGGUCGGUGCCCAUCUACCUGGGGGCAAUGAUCCAACUGGAGAAAGGUGACCGGCUGAUGGUGAACGUGAGCAGCGUGGCACUCGUGGACCACACCAAUGAACAUAAAACCUUUUUCGGUGCCUUUUUACUGUGAUUGUCUGUCCGUCUGAUCGAUCAGCGAUGGAUUCAGUGGUUAGUGAGAGAGGGAGAGAGGGUGGGAGUUAAAUGAACGGCAGAAGGCAACUUUCCUUUUCCUUUUGCAAUUUAAACUGAUCCAUGAUAUUACUUUCACGUUAGGUCAACACCACACAGAUUCCCCCUCCUUCUAUCGUCCCUUCCCCCCCCAAGCCCUAUCUUUGAUAUCCGUCAUCAAGGAUUGCACUGUCAGCAGUAAACAGACAAGAAACCGUAUGAUAUAUUUAUAACAAUUUACUUCUUACAUUGAUAUUCACCUGUUUUUCCUUGUGAGAAGUCAGUACAGCAUAAUAACUAUGAACUGUCUCUUGUGGUGAAUACAAGUGAGCGAGUUCGCUCAUGGAUUUGGUUGAUUUACCACCAAAAUCUGUCAGCUGGGGUCUAAGUCUGAAACGUGGAAAUCCUUCAUCUUGCUUUAAAGCGCAUCCAAACCAGACCGAGAGCUGUCAUGUGCACCACCCACACAUAGAAAUUCCUGCAUCUAUAAUGGAAUGCAGGCUCUCCCCCACACCCUGGACGCACCCUGAUUACGUAUUGGCAAGUUUUAGCAAGAACCGAAACUUGGGGACACCAGAAAGUGUGCUGAGUGUGUGGGGCACUGGGGUCGUAAUUGCUGGAGCUAAAAACUAAAAACUAAAAACCAGCUAAAAACCGUCAUUGAAAUCACUGUCUGACAAGCUUUCUCACUGCUAUUCCCGCCAGGUCCACCCUAACCCGCUAGGGUUCCAGGUUAGUCCUGGGCUAAACACUGGUAUGAGGCGAACACGGUAAAGUGGCUUCAGUUAAAGUUCUCAAUUGGAUGACACCGAACUGCAUUGCUGUGCAAUGUAAAAUGCUCAUGGGUCAUUUGUGCAGUCAAGAGCUCAUUUUGCAAUGAUAAAUAAAACGAUUAGCUUUUAGCUGAGCGGGUGAUGUUAAAUUGAAGAUUGGUUGUUUGAUCUGUUCUCCUCCUGUGUCUAUACUCACAUAUAUACACCUUAAAGGUCAGAAAAGGGGAGAUACACACAUACACGCACACACACACCUGAUCUGUACGCUCAGUAAUCAUUGAUCUGCUACAUGGUGAUCUGUUCAUUGUGUAUAACCUGUGGAGUUUAUGCCAACUGUUUUAUAUUAAAACUUUCCUGUUGA